ACCUUCCGGUGCGCCGGGGAGGACUGGUACCCAGAUCGCCCCGCCUCCCGUGUGCCACCUCUCUGACUCCUCCCUCCGCGUGGACUACAAAAAUCCCCACCCAAACAUCGACUUGCACCCCAAUCCUGUACUCUGACUCAGAGGUAGUCAUCUGGUCUCUUCCCCGCGGCCAGGAUCAAAGCUCGCGAUUCGGAGCAAUCUGCGAGCCUGGUGGGGCCAGGAAUCCAGGCACAGGUGGCAGAUCUGACCCCUUUGCUUGUGAGUUAUUCAUGGCAGCUCCCAUGAAGGGCCAAGUGUGCGUGGUGACUGGUGCUUCCAGGGGUAUUGGGCGCGGCAUCGCCUUGCAGCUCUGCCAAGCAGGUGCCACAGUUUACAUCACUGGCAGACAUCUGGAUACGUUACAGGCUGCUGCUCAGGAUGCGCAAUCCCGUGGGGGCCGGUGUGUGCCUGUGGUGUGUGAUUCAAGCAAGGAGAGUGAUGUGCGAAGCCUGUUUGAGCAGGUGGAUCGAGAACAGCAUGGGCGUUUGGAUGUGCUGGUCAACAACGCCUAUGCUGGCGUCCAGACAAUCCUGAACAAUAAGAAGGCAUUCUGGGAAAGCCCUGCCUCCAUUUGGGAUGAUAUCAAUAAUGUAGGACUCAGAGGCCACUACUUGUGCUCAGUGUAUGGGGCACGACUGAUGGUACCAGCUGGCCGGGGACUCAUUGUGGUCAUCUCCUCCAUUGGGGGUCUGAAGUAUAUCUUCAAUGUCCCCUAUGGCGUGGGCAAAGCUGCGUGUGACAGGCUGGCUGCUGACUGUGCCAUGGAGCUGCGGCGCCAUGGGGUCAGCUAUGUGUCUCUGUGGCCAGGGUUGGUGCAGACAGAACUGCUGAAGGAGCAUGUGCAGAGGAGUGACAAUGCUGAGAAUCCCCUGUUUAAGCAGCUCAAAUCUUAUUUUCCAUCGGGGGAAACCCCAGAAAUGAGUGGCAAAUGUGUGGUGGCUUUGGCAACAGACCCCAAUAUCCUGAGCCUGAGUGGGAAGGUGCUGCCAUCUUGUGACCUUGCUCGGCGCUACAACCUCCAGGAUGUGGAUGGCCGCCCUGUUCAGGACUAUUUGUCUUUGAGUCAGAUUCUCUCCUAUACCUUUCGCCGGGACUGGCUGGUCUCCUACUUGCCUGGCUUCCUCCGUGUGCCCAAGUGGAUUUUGAUGCUGUAUGCAAGCAAGUUCUAAUCCUCCUGCCCUGAGGUCACUGCUCUGCUUAUCUUUUCAUUGGGAUUGGAUGGCUGGCCCUAUCUCAGUAGAAUAAAGCAGCCUUCCCCAUGUACCACAUGCCUACAAAGAGAAGACCUCUGCUGUGUGUGUUUGCUGAGCCUUGGGGCCCUGUUGGUCCUUCUUUGUACCUUGGUUUUCCUUGCUCCUACAUUUUACUUUUAGCCUUUGUAUUGAAAAAUGAU